AUGUCGCUUGCUGAGCCAUCUCCGCGCGCAUUGUCCAAGCUGCGUUCUCGUGGCAAGGGCCUUGUCAGCGCAUCUACCACCUCCUUGACCAACAGUUCUGGCGAUGGCGACGACAAAUCUGCCUUUUCGGCGACAGACACGGGCUUGCUGCGCUCCUCGGUGGAUGCAGCAAUCGACAAGGUCAAGGACAGGACGAGACGGCGUUCUGUCGAUGGUCGCCGCGGCAGCGACAACAUACCUGGACGCCGACUGUCCACGCUUGUGUCCCAGACAAAGCGCAAAAUCAGAGGCGAGAAGGCUUCUGCGCCCGAAAGGACUUUGAGCGUGGACUCCUCUGGCUUUGACGGAAAUCAAUCCGACUCUGCUUCGCCGUUGGACGGCAGCGGCCGCAGCAGUCUUUUGACCGACGACGAGGCAUUGGACCCAAACAGCAACCCGAUAAGGCCAUCACUAUCGCCGCGACAGUCACACGCUGGCUACCUUACCUUGUCAUCGCCCGAGCUGAACGCGAACCCCAAACCUGUCAUUGCAGGAACUGCUCCUGUUCCCUCUCCCGAGCCUCCGCCACCAAGAGCCGAUCCCUUCUCCAAAAUACCAGCCAUUGUAGAACCCGUUGAAACCACGGAAGGCUUGCCUGCUGCCUCAGUGCCCGCGCGCAGCCCAUCACCCUCGGGAAGGUUAAGAGAGAAGUUUACACUUGCGCGAAAGAAAUCUGGAGACGCAGAUUCGUUAAACGCCGGAGGAGGCGGCGGCGGCGGAGGACUAGGUGGGCUCUUCAGGCCAGCAAGUCGAAGCAAUCGUUCUCUGGAUCGUCUAUCCAGCGUUUCACAGCCAGUAGAAAGGGUAGAGGAAGCACCAAGGUCAGGUGUGGUCCCUACGAUCCCGACGGAGAAGAAGCAGGAGAGACCAGAGACGCCGAAGCAGCGAAUACGUCAGCCCGUGGACACCACAUUUCCAGCAACUCCGCCAAACCUGUUGCAAACACCCACCACCCUCGUUACGCCGCCAACACCUACUGAACCCACUGCAUCAUUUUCCAAGCCUGAUUCACCGACAAAAGGCACGUCUGCAGCUCGUCCUUUGAGCUCUGUUGAGAGCAUUAGGCAUCGUCGCGCGCAGUCAGCAAACCUUCCAAGCAAGCUUUCCGCGUCCAUCAAUGCGCCUCUGACGCCGACUGCCGAAGAGACCAAGACUCCUGGUGGAACUUUGACGCAGCCCAAUUUCUUCUCGUCCUUCUUCUCUGCUGCGACAAAGGCUGCCGGUCAGGUCGGAACAAGUAUCAAUACGUCCAUAUUACCAGGUCAGAAGAGCAAGGUCAACAGUACACCACAGACGAUUGAACCUGUAGGAGGUGGAGAAGAAGUCAUUCCUGGAUCGGAAAGCAGACCAGGAACAGGCUGGACUGGCGAUCAAAAGAAGCCACUAGCGGUGGAGACUAUAGGUAAAGGCAAUCUCAAUUUCGGUCAUUUAGGGAUCAGUGAGAGUGAACCGAACUUGAUGUCUUCAUCAACGACAGACACAGCGCAAGACGAUGCACAUUCUGGAGACCGGGGCCGGAAAGCGGAAGAGGAAGCAGCCGCUCGUGCUGUAUCCACAGCUUAUGAAAGACCGGUCGCAGCGGUCGUGAGCCAAGCAACUGGCAGACCCUUGUCAAUCGCAUCUAAUGAACGUCUGACACUGAUGAAUGGUGACCAAACUCCGCCAAGGUCGAACGUAGAAUCGGAGAGCAAUGGCAUCAAGCGGUCAGGAAGCGUCCGGAGUAAGCUGAGCGGCCGUCGAAAGCAUCGCGGAAGCUCAGCGACUACUGGUACAAGUAACUCGAUAGCUGCGGCACUCAAAGAUAGUACCUUUGGAAUGGCCAAUCCGGGUGCGCUCGGCUUGGGUCAUCGGUUAACCGGGUUCGCAGUUGCGAGUAGUAAGCGCAACAAGGACUUCCAUCAGCUCUUUCGGAGUGUGCCAGAAGACGACUACCUGAUCGAAGACUACUCAGCGGCUUUGCAGCGCGAUAUCUUGCUACAUGGCCGUCUCUAUGUAUCAGAAGGACACAUAUGCUUUUCGAGCAAUAUUCUCGGAUGGGUGACGAAUCUGGUCAUCAGCUUCGAUGAGGUCGUCUCUGUGGAAAAGAAGAGCACCGCGGUCAUCUUUCCUAAUGCCAUCGUUAUAUCAACGCUCAAUGCGCGAAACACUUUCGCAAGUUUUGUGGCCCGUGAUUCGACCUACGAACUACUCAUCGGCAUCUGGAAAGUCAGUCAUCCGAAUCUGAAGAGUUCUCUGAACGGCGUCAGACUGGACAACGCGGGUACUGGCGACAAGACCGAAAUAGCAGAGCCAGAGGAGAUGGAAGAUGGCACGGAGGAAGGAUCUGAAGACGAGGUAUAUGACGAAGACGCAGACGAAGACGCCGGCAGUUUCACAGACGGAGGCAUGGUGGCUAGUGACGCUGGAAGCAAUGUUGGUGACUUGGGUCUCAGCCGAAAAACUUCUGCUGCUCCGAUGUCUAUUGCCCCGAUGCCCAACGGCAACGCAUCAAAAGGUUCGGAAAAUGCUGAUACUUUGGUCACUGGUGCGGCGACCAGCAGCGAGUUCCCUGGCAGUACCACACACGAGCCCACGGAGUGCACAGACACGGCAGAGCACUACGACCGGCCAUUGACCGACACAACAAUCCCAGCGCCGCUUGGUCAAGUGUACUCUAUGAUGUUUGGUCCUGCGUCUGGAGCCUUCAUGAAGAAAUGGCUCGUGGAAGAGCAAAAAUCACGCGAUCUCAACUGGACUGACGACAAGACUGGCCUCGAUAACGAGCACAAAACAUUCACGUUCGAUUACAUCAAGCCGCUCAACGCUCCCGUGGGACCGAAGCAGACCAAGUGCAUUACAACGAAUACCCUAAGAGCAUUCGAUCUCGAGAAGGCAGUGACUGUGGAUUGCAGCACUGCUACGCCUGAUGUUCCUAGUGGUGGCAGCUUCACAACAAAGACUCGUUACUGUCUAAUGUGGGGUCCGAAUAAUACGACAAGGAUGAUCGCUACUUGUUGCAUCGAGUGGACUGCCAAGAGUUGGCUCAAGAGUGCCAUCGAAAAGGGUGCCAACGACGGUCAAGUAGAAUACGUGAAAAACAUUGUCGCUGCUCUCAAGGCUGCAGUGACCACCAAAGCGCCAGCCAAAGGCCAAGCGAAGAAGGGAAAACGGAAAGGGAAGAGAGAAGUGUUGGACGCGGAAGAGGCCAACGCACAGAGAGAGGCUGCAGUGGCUGCGUUAGAAACCAAAGCUUCUGAUUGGGGAAUCUUCGAGCCCAUUCACCCUAUUGCGGAUAUCCUGUCAUCUGUCCUGCAACCGUUUGUCACCUCUCAGGUGAUCAUUGCUGUACUGUUCGUACUGCUGGUCUAUACAUGGGCAUCAGCGCCGCGAUCGCACUCUGGUCUCGGAUACCCAGGCCGCCCUCCUCCUGAGCGCAUAGCAGCGUACGAGGAGAUGUGGCGAAGGGAAGAGAGCGCGUUGUGGGAUUGGUUGGAGGACCGCGUUGGGGUCGAUGGAGUCUAUGCGGCGUCGUCUAGGAACAGCGAACAAGCAGAGAGACAGAAGGUAUUGAAGGCACGAAGUAUGGGCAAGAAACUGGAAGAUGAAGGCAUGAGCGAACGUCAGAUUGACGAUGCCAUCCGUACGACGGAAGAGAGACUUGCUGCACUUAAGGAGGCAGUGGCAAGGCAGAAGUCGAGGAACAAAACAUGA